AGCUGAAAGAGAAAGCGUUUGAUUUCCUCUGCAUACUCUCAUUCUCUGUGUAAAGAUAAUAAAGAUAUUAAACACAUGAAAACUAUUAUGUAUUAAACAAGUAUGCCCUUGAAACAAUAUGCAAAAAUAACUUGAAUAUAACCGGAUGUUUCUUUCAACUGUUCGUGAUGACGCAGAAACGUCAGCUUUUGUGGAUAAUUUUACCAUGUGUUAUUGCGUUUUUGGCAGUGACUAAUAUUGCUUGUGCUCCUGUGGGCUCACUCGUGCUGCUGGCUCUCUGCUGUAUGGCUCUUCUAUGGAAGUUGAAGAUCGAGAAUCGGUCUAUAUGGAGUGUUUUGAGUCAGUAUGCGGCUGUGAGAGUUGUGUGCUGGCUUGGGAAGCGUCAGAGAAUCCGACUGGAGUCUGACACACUAGACAUUCACCGCGUUCAAGAGGAAACCCUACUGAUGCGCCUGCGCAAACAUGCGGACACGGUUUAUGGAAAGCAGUUCGACUUCAGCUCAAUUAAAGACACAGAAAUGUUUCGUCAGCGUCAUCCCCUCACAGAUUAUGAUCAUUAUGGAGAGUUUGUCAAGCGUGUGGCGAGAGGAGAGCAGAAGGUUUUAAUAUCAGAUAUACCUGUAAUUCUGGCGAUGACAUCAGGAACAUCUGGAUCCAGCCGAAUGCUCCUCAGCACCAGAGAGACCAACACUGAGUUCUUCAUGCAGGGUGUCACAGUUUGUCUAGAUGUUAUGAGACGAACGUUCCCAGCCACUAACAGUCUGCAGAAAACACUGAAGCUCUUUUACUCCCCUACAUUUUGUCAGAGUGAGGCAGGAAUUCCUAUUGGCCCCAACUCCUCAACUCCCGCCUCUUCCAAACACAUGCUGCAUAUGUACAGCACACCAGCACCUGUCUACCAGGUACUGAAUGAAAGAGAUGCUCUGUAUCUGCAUCUCCUGUUUGGACUGAAGGACCGUAAUCUUGGCAUGCUGGAGUCCAACUUCUGCUCUACUGUUUUCUAUGCUUUCCGAGCCCUCCAGGAGUGUUGGAAGGAUCUUGUUCUGGACGUGGAGUUGGGAAGAAUCAGUUCCAGUCUGAACCUGACGACUAAGAUUCGUUCAGCUUUGGAGAAGCUGAUGAAACCAGAUCCAAAGAGAGCAGCAGAACUGAAGGCUCAGUUUAAGGAUGGCUUUGGGGGUAUCGCGCUCAGACUAUGGCCACACUUACACCUGGUUCUUACUGUCGACUCUGGCUCAAACCAGAUUUACGGAGAGAUGUUACGGCAGCACUACUGUAAAGAGGUCCCAUUCUACUCACCCUUCUAUGCUGCAACUGAGGGUUUGAUCGGUGUGAAUCUGUGGCCUCUGCAGGAGAGUAGACAGUAUCUACUGUGUCCUCGCUCCAUGUUCUGUGAGUUUAUCCCGGAGGAAGAUCUGGAUUCAGAACAGCCCAACACUCUCCUGAUGGAGCAGCUUCAGGAAGGACAACGCUAUGAGCUGCUGGUCACCAACGCCUCUGGAUUAUUCAGGUAUCGCAUUGGAGACGUUGUAAAAGUAGUUGGGUUUCAUAACCAGUGUCCAAAAGUGGAGUUUCAGUAUAGACGUGGUCAGAUGUUGAGUGUGCGUGGUGAGAAGGUCUCUGAAUCAAUGUUUCUGGGGGCUCUUCAGAAGGCAGUGACGCAGUGGCCCGGGGCCCAGCUCAUUGACUACAGCUGUGUUGAGAGUGGCAUUCUGGGCGAUGCAUCUGGAGUCGCUCAACCACAUUAUCAUGUGUUUGUUGAAUUAAAAGGUGUGAGGAACCUUUCAGAGCAACAAAGAGACAAGUUAGAUCACUGUCUGCAGGAUGACUCGCCAAUCUACAGAUCGUUCCGGAUAAAGGGCAGCAUCGGAUCAAUGAGAGUUCAGCUUGUCAGUGACGGAACAUUCAAAGAACUGAAAGAUCAUAUGAUGGCCUUCUCAAAAACGUCAUCGAACACAUUCAAAAUGCAACGCGUGAUCCGCAAGAAAGAGUUUGCAGACUUUCUACUGCGGAAGACUGUUUCAUGAACAUUUCAACUUGAAAUUAACACUUUGUUAGAACUUGGGAGAAAAACAGUCUCAGAAAUUAUUUAAAAUGCACACUAUUUUCAUCUUUACAGUGCUUGUCAAUGACAUUGUACUUAAUGUAGUUUGAUAAGCCUCUAAAAACUGUCAAUUUGGCCUUGUAAUUGGAGUUGGUUCAGUGGAAAUGUAAAAUUGUAAAAUAUUCACCGACGUGCACUAUUGCUGCAUUCACAUCAUGUUCACAUAAUUAUUGUUCUUGUACAUGAACUGAGUCUGAGGAGUAGAAUUGCAGAGUUGUUAUCUUGUAAUUAUGGUAAUUCCAUUAUUAAGUGAGUCCAUUACUCCUUCAUAUAAAGUGAUGUAUUUCCAAUGCAAAAACAUUUAGAAUCUUACUGUAUUUUUCCCUUUACAUGAG